UAUAAAAUAUUAGUUUUAUCGUAAUUUAACAAUUACAAAGAAAAUUAAAGUCGUGAAUCAUAUGUUCCCCCUUCUUCUUCUUCUCUGCGCUUUCUUGCUCAACUCUGUAUUUAUCUACCUUGUUGUUAUACUCCAUUAAUUCUCCAUAAUCAACCACUUCAUGAAGAUUCUAACAAGGGUUCAAGUUCUAAAGUUUCGAUUUUUCUUUAAAUGCUAUACAAUUGACCCUUUAUCCAAGAGGUUCUCAUCAUCAUCUUCAAAUGGGUCUCAUUUUUCUACUUCUGAAACGUAUGAUAAAGUUAAUCCAUUUAUGGGUGAUAGCUACCAAGACAAUGCAACAAAAGUUGAUGGUAUGAGAAAGACAAUGUAUGAUGUAUGUGGGGUUUUGGAUGCUGGGCCAUGGGGGCCUGCUGUUGAGGAUGCACUCAACUUGUUCGAUGAAAUGUCUCAACCAGAAGUGAUUGUUGGAGUGAUGAGGAGGGUGAAGGAUAUGAAUGUUGCAUUUCAGUAUUUUAGGUGGGUGGAGCGAAAAACUGAACAACCACAUUGCCCCGAAGUUUACAAUGCGCUACUCAUGGUUAUGGCUAGGACUAGAAACUCGGAUUAUCUGGAACAGAUUCUUGAAGAAAUGAGUGUGGCUGGAUUUGGACUCUCCAAUCAUAUUUGUAUAGAACUGGUUGCUAGUUUUGUCAAAUCGCAGAAGCUAAGAGAAGCUUUUGGUGUUAUUGAAAUAAUGAGGAAGUUCAAAUUCCGUCCUUCAUUUUCGGCUUACACGACACUGAUUGGUGCCUUGUCUGAGGCAAACAAACCUGAUCCCAUGCUCACCCUCUUUCACCAAAUGCAGGAGAUAGGUUAUGAAGCAAAUGUACAUCUUUUUACCACGCUUGUUCGCGUGUUUGCUAGGGAGGGUCGCAUAGAUGCGGCUCUGUCCUUGCUGGAUGAGAUGAAGAGCAACUCGUUUACUGCUGAUCUUGUCCUUUAUAAUGUAUGUAUAGACUGUUUUGGUAAAGUUGGUAAGGUGGAUAUGGCAUGGAAAUUCUUUCACGAGAUGAAGGCACAAGGGUUGGCUCCUGACGAUGUCACAUAUACUAGCUUGAUUGGAGUUCUUUGCAAGGCUGGGAGAUUGGAAGAAGCUGUUGAGUUGUUUGAAGAACUGGAUCUCAACAGGAGUGUCCCUUGUGUCUAUGCUUAUAAUACCAUGAUUAUGGGUUAUGGUUCAGCUGGGAAAUUUAAUGAAGCAUACAGUUUGCUUGAGAGACAAAAGAGAAAGGGGUGUAUACCUAGUGUCAUUGCAUACAAUUGCAUUCUAACCUGCUUAGGAAGAAAGGGUAAAAUAGAGGAAGCAUUGAGGAUCCACCAAGAAAUGCGACAAGAUGCCGCACCUAAUCUUACAACCUACAAUAUUUUAAUUGACAUGCUUUGUAAAGCCGGAGAACUCGAAGCUGCUCUGAAAGUUCAGGAAACCAUGAAAGAAGCCGGCUUAUUCCCAAAUAUUAUGACUGUAAAUAUAAUGAUUGAUCGACUAUCUAAAGCUCAAAAACUUGACGAAGCUUGCUCCAUAUUUUUAGGAUUGGAUCAUAAAGUAUGCACUCCCAACUCAAGAACAUUUUGUUCACUUAUCGAUGGCUUGGGUAGAUGUGGCAGGGUAGACGAUGCUUAUAGUCUUUAUGAAAAAAUGUUAGAUUCUGGUCAAACUCCAAAUGUAGUAGUGUAUACAUCUCUUAUUAAGAACUUUUUUAAGUGUGGUAGGAAGGAGGAUGGUCACAAAAUUUACAAAGAGAUGGUUCAUAGGGGCUGUUCUCCUGAUCUGAUGCUUCUUAAUUCUUACAUGGAUUGUGUUUUCAAAGCUGGUGAAGUUGAGAAAGGUAGGGCUUUAUUUGAAGAAAUAAAGGCUCAGGGUUUAGUUCCUGAUGUCCGGAGCUACUCGAUUUUAAUUCACGGUCUCGUGAAAGCAGGUUUUUCAAGAGAAACAUAUAAGUUGUUCUACGAGAUGAAGGAACAAGGACUGCAUUUGGACGUCCUUGCUUACAACACUGUAAUUGAUGGAUUUUGCAAGUCCGGUAAAGUCGAUAAAGCAUACCAACUGCUGGAGGAAAUGAAGACAAAGGGUCUACAACCCACUGUUGUAACCUAUGGUUCUGUCGUUGAUGGACUAGCUAAAAUUGACAGGCUUGAUGAAGCAUAUAUGUUAUUUGAAGAAGCAAAAUCAAUAGGUGUUGAUUUGAAUGUAGUUAUCUACAGUAGUCUUAUUGACGGGUUUGGCAAAGUGGGAAGAAUUGAUGAAGCAUACUUAAUUUUGGAGGAGUUGAUGCAGAAAGGUCUGACUCCAAACACCUACACUUGGAAUUGCUUACUCGAUGCAUUGGUGAAAGCUGAGGAAAUUGAUGAAGCUCAAGUCUGCUUUCAGAACAUGAAAAGCUUAAAAUGUCCUCCAAAUGAAAUGACUUACAGCAUUAUGAUAAAUGGUCUUUGUAUGAUUGGAAAAUUCAAUAAGGCUUUUGUAUUUUGGCAAGAAAUGCAGAAAAAAGGUUUAAAACCCAAUUCUAUCACAUACACCACAAUGAUUGUGGGACUUGCAAAGGCUGGAAAUGUUAUGGAGGCAAGAGGCCUAUUUGAUAGAUUUAAGGCAAGUGGGGGCAUACCCGAUUCUGCUUGCUAUAAUGCCAUGAUGGAAGGACUAAGCAGUGCCAAUAAAGCAAUGGAUGCAUAUACAGUUUUUGAGGAAACUCGAAUGAAAGGAUGCCGUGUAAAUAGCAAAACAUGUGUUGUUCUUUUAGAUGCCUUGCAUAAGGCUGACUGCCUUGAGCAGGCAGCAAUUGUUGGUGCUGUCUUAAGGGAAAUGGCAAAGUCUCAACAUGCUACAAGGUUACCCUGAGAACUGGUUGCAUAUAUUGUACUGGUACCGGAAUAGAAGCUUGGCUUCUUUGCAGUAAACGCGUGCCUUCCAAUGUCACCAGCUCUUUGAUAAGGUGUUAAUGGCCCUAGCCUCACAGGAAAUUCUUACAAAUUGCAUUAGUUUUGUCAGGCUCCAUAAUAAUGGGAAGCUUCAUGAAGGUGUCAUCCUACAUUUCUUUCAGACUCCUGGUGAGUUUCAGUGAGUGUUUGAGAAGGAGAUUUUUCAUGCCUAAUGGUUUUCCUAAAAGUGAAUGUUUGUAACUUCAUUCAUAUUGUAUUUCAAUGUGAGCCACUAUUUGAAAAGUAACGCAGACUGUUAUUUUGUGGAUUGUGUCUACUACAAGAUUUGUGGGCAAGAUAUUAUAAUUUUUAUGACUUAGAUAUUCUAUCAUUAUGUGAGGUCGGAUAGAAUAUUCAAUCAUUAUCUGUGGUCUGAUUGAUUCAUAUUCUUAUGUCAACAUGGUAACUGAAUUGGCUCUGUAUAUUUGAGUAAGUAUUUGACAAACUUAGUGUGAUGGUGUUUAAGUUUGAAGUGAAGUGUCCACUUUUCGGUUUAUAUUGGAUCAUAUGUGCACACAUCAACUUUUGACCGGGUCAUUUUAACCAACUACUAUUCACCUCCAAAUUUUCUUACAUGUUUUUGUUGAAACUUCUCCAAUGAUGUUGCAGUAUAGUUCAAAGCAAAACUGGCUGGAUUUCAAUUCUCCAUUUCUUUCAUCACUCUGUUGAAUUGCACACUAUCAAAGUAACUUAUCAAGGAGAUGAUGAAGAGCAAAAGGAGAGUUUGAUGGGCGACGAGUCAGGUGGCCUCUGCUCCCUCUCUACAACACAGGUGCUGCCAAAACUUUUCACAUCAGAUUCAGCUCUUUGGUAUAUACUGUAACUUAUUCAGCUCUAAGUACUGCCACUUUUGGCUUUUGAUUAAACAAAAAAUUUAUGGAUUUGCUGGUUGUUUGAUUGCUUGUCUGGCUUGCAUGUUACUGUAUAAUUUACAGCAUUGUUCACCUUUGGCACCUGUUAGCAGUUGAAAGUACAACCAUUUUCUUGGACUGGCGCACCAAAUGGAAAUGAUGUUUGGCAUUGUUCGUGUUUUUGCAUGGUUAUUUAUUUCUGCUCGGUGGAUCAGUAGUAAGGCUUUGACAUUAAUUGCGAUCAUAACUGAGAUCGACGCCUUUAUUUAGUACUGCCUGAGUUAUAUAUCCCUUUUGGUCGAAGAAUAGUUUCCGAGUUGUUGAUUAGAUUAUGUGAUACAUAGCCCUGAACCAGGAAAACAAAACAAAGAUGUCUUGAGUUGAUUUUA